AUGGCCACUUCCCUACUCACCAACAUCCUCUUCCUCCUCGCGAUAUCCCACCCAGUCACCGCAGCCUGCACGCGCACCGUAACCGCCGCAGAAGGCGACACCUGUGCCACUCUCGCCUCCCAAGCCGGCAUCACAGUCACCGAGUUCCUCAAGCAAAACCCCGACGUCAAAACCUGUUCCUCCCUCGUCCCCGGAACAGAGUACUGCGUCGAAGGCACCGUUGAUGACACCACCACCUCUACCGGAAUACCCACCGCCACGGCGACAGACGGAGGUUCGCCGGCGCCGUCUGAUCCUCUGGAAGUUAGUAAAGACGGGAACUGUGGGGAUGGGUUUACCUGUGAAGGGUCGACGUAUGGGAAUUGUUGUUCGGUGAAUGGGUAUUGUGGGAGUUCGGCGGAUUACUGUGGGGAGGGGUGUCAGGUUGGGUUUGGAACUUGUGGUGAUGAUGGGGGGGAAGAUCCCCCGACUGGGUCGGUGACUAUCACUGUUACUGAGACUCAAACGGAGACGGAGACUACGACUAUUAUUAGCACUACUGCUCCGGGGUCGAUACCCGCCACUGCGACUGCGACCGAGACAGAAACGGAAACAGAAACACAGACAGCAACGGUGACGGAAACAGAAACGGACACCAUACCUGGAACAGCCACAGAAACCAGCACUGCCAUCAUCACCAGUAUCCGCACCAGUACCAGCGUGGCAACAAUCACCAGUAUCGAUACGAUCACGGACAUCGUCACAUCCACAGAAGUAGUUACGUCGGGUUGUGAGACUGAGCCACCGACACAAACGACGUCUAGUCCGCCCGAGGAAACGACUACGCCACCGGCAACAGGACCGUCGUUGCCUUUGACGCCGGAUGAUUGCGCGAAUCUUGAUGUGAUUGGUAGCACAGACACUUGCGAGACGAUGGCAUCACGAAAUGGGAUCUCGGUGCAGGAGUUGUAA